AUGUAUAUGCAGCUAGAUGUUGCUACUGAUGUUUAUCCUAUGCAUGCUGGUGAGAAAUUUAACAUGGUUUUAGCACCUACUCUGGAUUUGGAUGGCACUCCAGAUACUGGAUACUAUACACAGGCUGGUAGAAAAACUUUGGCAGACAAUUAUGAGUACGUCAUGCAUGGGAAGCUUUACAAAAUCUCAGAAGACACCUCCUCCAGCCAAAUUGGGGGGGAAGGGAGGAGGGGGCUCACAGGAGCGGGGGAGGGCGCCGGCUGCGGGGGGCUACCCGACGAGGGCUGGCAGUGGGGGACAACCCGUGGGCCAGAGUGUUGGGAGGCGGGGCGCCGGGUGGCAGACCGCCGUCUUGUGUGA